GGACCUCAGGCUGACCUACCUACCGAACCAGUCCUCGCGGGGCAGGCGGGGACAUUCAAGAACCUGUUCCAGAUUGUCACGAACCGGAACAUCGACUCGUUGGACGACAGCGAAAUUAAGCAGGAGUACGAGUUACGGCAAGCGGAAGUCGGCGAGCUCCUGGAGGAAGCGCGGGCUUGUGUCGCACGGCGCCGCGCGGAGACAGCCUUGGUGAAACUUGCAGCACAGGCGCAUGAGCUUGACGAAGCUAUCCAGAAGGCCUUACAGGAAAUCGCACAGGCGAAAGAGGAAGGCACACGGGCGCGUGCGAGAGCCGCACUGAUGCGCGAGGAAGCCAAACGCGCACGCGAGGGCACCGCACGGACGCGCAAGGAAGCCACACGGGCGCGCGAGGGAGCUCUGCAGGAGGAAUUGGCACGCAUGCGCGAAGAACUCUCUCGUCUCGAAGCGGCUGCGACUGAAAGGCAUGGGGACCCGCCUCACGCUCAGUAAGACGGUGCUCCGCUCGUUCGGCCCUCUUCCUGUGAACAGUUCACACCCUGCGUCUGUGUCCCAAUGUCUGUUCCCCAUAUCCGUCGCAUCGUCUGUUAUGUUGUUGAAGUCGGUACGUCGUUCAUGCCCGUCGCUCUAUAUAUCCAACUGCUGCUCCUACCUCGUUCUCUUUG